AUGGAUAAAGCCUUGAAGACCCACGAGACCCAGGUCUAUCCAGACGGUGUCCCGGGUGGCCAGGGCUUCGUUGGCGAAAAGGAUGGCACGAUGGACGAUGUCAAGGAUAUGCAGCGGAUGGGUAAAGAACAACAAUUCAGGCGAAACUUUGGGUUCCUCUCGAUCAUGGGCUUUGCUAUGAUUUUGAUGAGCACAUGGGAAAGCCAACUUGGUACCGCUGGAUUCGCCCUGGGCAACGGUGGUACCGCAGGUAUCGUAUACAUGUACAUUGCGUGUGCUAUUGGCAUGUCUCUGAACAUCGUUUCAAUGGCCGAAAUGGCCAGUAUGGCUCCUACAGCAGGUGGACAAUACCACUGGGUUUCUGAAUUCGCACCACCCCGAGCACAAAAAUUCAUUUCUUAUUUUAUCGGAUGGGUCUGCGUGCUAGGAUGGCAAGCGGGAGCGGCGUCCAGCGUCUUCCUCGCUGCCACUGAAAUCCAAGGUCUGAUUGUCCUCAACUAUGACAGCUAUGUCUACAAAUAUUGGCACGGCACACUUCUGACCAUUGCCAUCACCUUGGUCUGUGGGUUCUUCAAUACCGUCUUAGCAAAGAGGCUUCCUCUGGUGGAGGGUCUCGUCCUGUUCCUGCAUAUCGCAGGAUUUUUCGGCAUCCUAGUUCCUCUGUGGGUUCUAGCUCCUCGAACACCAUCCAAACAGGUCUGGACUGCCUUCGAAGACGCGAAUGGCUGGGGAAACGUUGGCCUCGCUUGCUUGGUGGGCAUGAACAGCCCAGUUCUCUCGUUGCUCGGUGCAGAUGCUGCGACGCACAUGUCUGAAGAAUUGAAGAACGCCAGCAAGAUUCUUCCGCGAGCCAUGGUUUUCACGGCAAUUUUCAACGGGACACUGGGUUUUAUCAUGGUCAUUACCUUCUGCUACACUGUUGGAAAUGUCGAGCAGGUUCUUUCGACCCCCACCGGAUACCCCUUCAUCCAGGUCUUUUACAACGCGACUCAGUCCAGAGCGGGUGCAACAACCAUGGUGUCAAUCAUGAUUGCGCUCAGCACUUUCGGUGCAAUGACCAACAUGGCGACCGGCUCUCGACAAAUCUUCGCCUUUGCUCGCGAUCGCGGUGUCCCAUUCAGCAACUGGGUUGCUUACGUCCCCAAGGGGUGGGACAUCCCUCUCAACGGCGUCAUCUUCACCGUUGUGGUCUCCUGCCUCCUGUCUCUCAUCAACAUCGGCUCUCAAAUCGCAUUCAACCAGCUGACCUCGCUCGGCCUUUGCGCGCUGCUGUCCUCCUACAUCGUUUCCAUCAGCUGCAUGGCAAUCAAACGCAUCCGGAAAGAGCCGCUCCUGCCAUCCAAGUUUUCGCUCGGUCGCUACGGCCUGGCGAUCAACCUCCUUUCCGUCGGCUUCUUGUUGCUGGCGUUUAUCAUGAUCUUCUUCCCCCCUGGGCCGAAUCCGAACCCGCAGACCAUGAACUGGGCCAUUGUCGUCUAUGGAGGCGUUGUAUUCUCUUCUCUGACAUAUUACGUUUUCCGCGGCCGGUUCAGAUAUGCUGGUCCCGUUGAAUACGUCCGAAAGACGAUUUAA